AAAAGCCGCUUCGACCAUCUGGUGGCCUUUUUCUGUCUUCUUACACAUCAUUCACCGUUCCUGUCAUCGCACACACUUGAUCUGAUAGACAUCCAUCCUUGAGCUGCAGGGCCACGAGCCCGAGUCGCAAAACAUGCCUGCGCCCAUGGAUACCAGUUACUUGACGACUCAGGUCACCACAAUCAUCGGCCAAUUGCACUCAAUCUUCGACGAGAUAGGAGUUCCUCGAAAUGAGCGCGAAUCUAGAGAAACAGAGCUCUUUGCAGCUUUGUCCGAAACCCUCCACAACCACCUACGCAUGGUCAACCAGGAAAAGAACGAGAUGACCGAAGAGGCGCACAACAUCAUCAAGACGAUCAAGCAGAUGGAAGCAUCACUAGACGACGAGAAAGAUCGAGGAUACGAUCUGGACAGCAACGGACUUAGAGUUACUUACCCUCUCAUCGACUGUUUACGCGACCUCAAAGAGAAAUACAAUGUUGUCAGCAGACUCCACCGAGAACGAUUUGAACAAGUCAAAAAGCUAGUUCAAGCUCUCGAUUCAUACUCAUCGCAUCUCGAAUCUUCCUUCGUCAAAAUCAGACUACCUCCAACUUCGUCCAGCACCUGCCCUCCCACCUUCGACCUGUCUCCCUCAUAUGUCACAACACUUGACGAAGAGUUUACACGAGUAUACGAUGAAUACAAUAGAAGGAUGAGCGUUGUCCAGCAACACGCAGAAGAAAUCGUGAGAUUAUGGUCGGAGUUGGGCAUUCCUCAAGCACAAACAGAUUCUCUCAUUGUUCAACACUACCGCGAUUCACCCGAACAAUUAGGCUUACAUCAGGCUGACCUUGAUCGUCUCAAGAGCCGGCGGGACAAAUUGCUCGAUGAGAAGAAGAGCCGCGAAAAGAGACUCGCCGAGGUCAAGAAGAACAUUGAGACACUGUGGGACCGUUUGGGUAUUGAGCAAGCAGACCGCAAAGCAUUCCUGGCUGCUAACCGCGGCUGUGGCCUGCGAGCCAUCAACGAAUUUGAAGACGAGCUGGCACGAUUGAAUGAGUUGAAGAGACAGAACUUGCACCUGUUCGUUGAGGACGCUCGCGUCAGACUCCAGGAGCUUUGGGAUAUGUUGUACUUUUCGGAAGAGGAAAUGCUCGACUUCACGCCUGCUUUCUCUGACGUGUACAGUGACGCCCUAUUGUCAGCUCACGAAGCAGAAAUUGAACGACUUAUCACACUCAAGGAGCAGCGGGCGCCGAUCUUGGCUGCUGUAGAAAAGUACAAGUCUUUGCUUGCCGACAAGGAGGCUCUUUCAGCAUCUGCCGCUGAUGCCUCGAGAUUGCUGCUGAAACCGCAAAAAGGAGAAAAGCGAGAUCCCGGCAAGCUGCUGAGAGAAGAGAAGAUGAGGAAGAGAAUUGCGAAGGAGCUACCAAAAGUCACAGCCGAGUUGGCCAAGACUUUACAGAGAUAUGAGGAUGAGUAUGGUCGCCCAUUCUUGAUUCACGGCGAGAGAUUUCUGGAUGAACUCGAUGAAGCAGAAACCAAAGCACCACCACCACGGUCCAAGACACCCAAUGGGCUACCACCCCGAUCCAAGACUCCUGCUUCAACACAAACCUCCAAACCAGCUCCAAGUGCUACCAAAUCUGCCCCACAAGCUCGACCAGCCAGUGUAAUGAAAGGCCCUCCACCACGAUCGACCGCCAAAACGCCGACCGGCAGCAGAUCCGGAACAAUGAGACAACAGGCUCCUCCAGCCUCUACAACAACCGCACCUGCCUCACAAAUCAAAUCUCCAUCAAAGAUCCCAUCUCGAGUGCCCCUGGGCAAUCUCAAGAACGGGAACAAUUCUCCUGAGCGUCGAGCUAUUCCGCAAGCCUCAUCGCAAAGCCAGCAUGAACCACAGCACAACUUCGCCCAGAGCACAAGAGCCAUGGGGCCGCCUCGAGCACCGCCUCCCAGGAUGAGAGAUCUCUUCGUACCACCACAGGAGUCGACCGCCACAUCUGCCAUCUCAUCCCAGCCUCAACCCGCUUCCACCACCCGGCCAGCGAGCACAGUGUCCUCCGGCUCGAGUGAAAGCAGUCGAUAUGUUCGACCAAUAAGUCCAGAAGACGUGUACGACGACCGUGAGCGGAUGUCUUACAUGUCCAUAUCAUUGCUCAACCGUGACAGACAACAGCCUCCGCAACAAGGUGACCCACACUAUUCCUCCCACCAACAUCAUCCGUCUCAAUCCUCCUCGACGUCAAUACACAGCCAAACCCAUAACCACAACGUGCGCUCCAACCCUUCGGCACCACCUUCAACAGCAGUUUCCCGGCAGACUUCGAACACAUCCUCGAACAUGACGACCGGCACCACCGCCAGUGGUAGCGAAAACUGGGAGACAUACUCGGACGCUUCGGAAAUGGAGCCGGAGCGUGACGUCCGUGACACGUAUUACUCCAAGGUCCAUGCUGCUGCCGCUGCCACCACGAAUGCCCUGGGCAUGAGCCACAAUCUCAAUGGCAAGAGACCAAUGACCGCCUCGGGGCAACCGUCAUUUGCAGGACAAAUGGCGCCGCCACCGGCCAAGGUCAGGAUGCAGAUGCAGAUGCAGAAUGGUCAUCACUUCCAGGAUCAGCAGUACAGCCAGCAGUUCAGGGAUGUUUCGGAUGAGAAUCUUUCUCAUGUCAAUAUCAAUGGCCUGAGGACGAGGGUUGAGGGGAGUGAAUCGGCGUGGAGUACCGAGCUUGAGGAGACCUACUGAGCUACCUCCUAGCCUAGUGAGCCUAGCUAUGGUUUACAAUGCGAUGUGGUCAACUCGAGUAAUGGAAAUCCGGGUUGCGGGUCGUUAUUGGUGUUUUUUUUUUCCUAAUCUGCGAAAGAAAAAGUCAUGGUUCAUGGGGUACGCAGAACAUGUGUUUUUAAGAGCUUGCGCUGGUCUGGGGGUUGGGGGGUUUUUUCUCGUUCUCGUCACGACUGUUACGAUUCAUCAUCUUCGUUCCGCUUUCGCUUCUGCUUCUGUUUUCGGUGGGUUGGAGUUAGAUGUACAUGUAAGGCGUACUUAGAAACCGGAAACUGGAAACCGGAGACUGGAUGGGGGAGUUUUCCGCAAAUGCAACAAACAGCAUCAUACAUGGUGAGCCACAGAGCUUUCCCGGAAGAGUUUUUUCUUCGGUUUCGAGAUACAAUCGUGGUAUGUACUUCUGUCAGAGGAGAAGAAGAAGGAAGGAAGAGGUCCAAUACAGAUCGGAUUGUCCAUAAC